AUGGAUGAUGAACUCAGUGGCAAAGUCGCCCUUGUGACAGGCGCAUCGGGGGGCAUUGGCUUCGCUUGUGCUCGACUCCUUGCAUCAAAGGGCGCCAGUGUCGCUCUUCUGGACCUAGCCGAUGCCACAGACCAAUCCCAAGAACUGAACCAGCGCUAUGGGUCUCGAACAAUGUUUAUUAAACUUGACAUCACUCAUAUUGGUGCUGUUGAAGAAGCGGUGGGAAUGGCCGUAUCAUGGAAAGGGCGCCUUGACUUUGCUAUUAAUGCAGCGGGCAUUUUGCCUGCUGGGGUCAAUAUAGAUUGUAUCGACACUUCUAUCUGGCGUCGGGUGAUCGACAUUAACUUGAAUGGGACGUUCUAUUGCAUGCAGCAGGAGAUUCGCAUGUUUCUUGAGCUUGGGAUCUCUGGCUCUAUCGUCAACGUUUCCUCGGACGCCGGGACCAUUGGCACAGUAGGUUGUGCAGCCUACGUUGCUUCCAAGCACGCAGUCAACGGUUUUACCAAGACGGCGGCACUUGAAUACGCAACGAAAGGCAUCCGUGUCAAUGCGGUAGCGCCUGGGAAUAUCGACACGCCCAUGUUGAGCCAGCUUGGUAUGUCCGCGGAGGCACUGGGACACGCGACCCAGCCUUCGGGAAAAUUGGGAAAGCCUGGAAACGUGGCCGAGUUGAUUGUGUUCUUGCUUUCGGAGCGCGCCGAGUUUAUGAAUGGAUCUAUUGUAGCCAUUGAUGGUGGCACUACAAUUGCGGGUUACUCAAACGGCGAUGCAUCACAGGUAUUCAUGGAAGUAAAGUGA